AUGAACUCCUCUGCCUCCAUCACGUCCUUGUUCUCCUUCACCAGCCCCGCGGUGAAGCGACUGCUGGGCUGGAAGCAGGGCGACGAGGAGGAGAAAUGGGCAGAGAAGGCCGUGGACUCGCUGGUGAAGAAACUCAAGAAGAAGAAAGGAGCCAUGGAGGAGCUGGAGAAGGCCCUGAGCUGUCCGGGUCAGCCCAGUAAGUGUGUGACCAUCCCUCGCUCUCUGGACGGUCGGCUGCAGGUGUCGCACAGAAAAGGUCUACCUCACGUCAUCUACUGCCGUGUGUGGCGCUGGCCGGACCUGCAGUCCCACCACGAGCUCAAGGCCCUGGACUGCUGCGAGUUCCCCUUCGGGUCCAAGCAGAAAGACAUCUGUGUGAACCCGUACCACUACCGCCGCGUCGAGACCCCAGUGCUGCCCCCGGUGCUUGUCCCCCGUCACAGCGAGUUCAACCCUCAGCACAGUCUUCUGGCCAAGUUCCGGAACGCUUCGCUCCACAACGAGCCGCUGAUGCCGCAGAACGCCACCUUCCCCGACUCCUUCCCGCCGCUGCCCUGCGCCUCCUUCACCUCCUCCUCCUCGCCUUCCUCCUCCUCCCUCACGCAGUCCCCCAGCCGACCCAGCUUCCCCCAGUCCCCCAGCAGCUCCACAGACCCUGGGAGCCCCUUCCACAUAACAGGAGAGACGCCGCCUCCGCCCUACAGCAUGAUGGAGUCCAGUCCACAGGAGGACGUGAAGGAGGAGACGACCAAACUGACCUUCUCCGCUCCACACAGAGACUUGCGGCCGGUGUGCUACGAGGAGCCCGAGUACUGGUGCUCCAUCGCGUACUACGAGCUGAACAACCGCGUGGGCGAGACCUUCCACGCCUCGUCUCGCAGCGUUCUGGUUGAUGGCUUCACGGACCCCUCCAACAACAAGAACCGCUUCUGUCUCGGUCUGCUGUCCAACGUCAACCGCAACUCCACCAUCGAGCACACACGCCGCCACAUUGGCAAGGGCCUGCACCUGUACUACGUGGGGGGCGAGGUGUACGCCGAGUGCCUGAGUGACAGCAGCAUCUUCGUGCAGAGCAGGAACUGUAACUUCCAGCACGGGUUCCACGCCACCACCGUCUGUAAGAUCCCCAGCGGCUGCAGCCUCAAGAUCUUCAACAACCAGCUGUUCGCGCAGCUGCUGGCUCAGUCUGUGAACCAUGGCUUCGAGGUGGUCUACGAACUCACCAAGAUGUGCACCAUCCGCAUGAGCUUCGUCAAGGGCUGGGGAGCGGAGUACCACCGGCAGGACGUGACUAGCACCCCCUGCUGGAUAGAGGUGCACCUGCACGGGCCUCUGCAGUGGCUGGAUAAAGUCUUGACGCAGAUGGGCUCUCCUCACAACCCCAUUUCCUCCGUCUCAUGA